AUGGACAGACACCUAGGACGUGAAGAAUAUGACGUUGAGAACCAAACAGUUGAGGAGAACAUUUAUCCCACCGAUUUUAAUGAAACAGAAAAUUGCACAGCCAAAGUGCUGGUGUCUGAUCAUGAAAUUAGAACAUUUUCAUCCACACGUGAGCCAGAGGAGAACCCUGGAUAUGAGGGUCACAGUGGCUCAAAUGAAGAGUUGGAUGUGAAGGUAACUUAUGACCAAAGUGUUGUGUUUGAGACUGGUGAUGGUGACAACGCUCCUUUGAGUUUAAACCUGGAGAGGGAGACCCCCAAUCCCACGGAAGGGGACGAAAAACAGGAGUCCACGCAGCUCCUGCAGGACCUGUGCAAGCAGAGAGACCGAGUCGGCCGGCGAAACAGACAGCUGCAGGUGAAGCUGGCGGAGUACCUUGGCAGAGGCGACGGCCAGCUGGAGGAGGGCAGGCCCGCCGGGGAUCAGGUGAUGGAGUACCAGGAGCACACGGAGAUCCUGGCCGAUCUGAACCAGGAGCUCUGUUCCGAGUCUGAGGCGGCCCAGCGGCGGGCAGAAGAGCUGAGGCUGGAGUCCCAGCAGAAGCUGGACAAGGUGGAAGCAGAAUGGCGAGCGUUUGUGGCCGUGAAGCGGGACGCCGCCGUGUGGGCGCUGACCCGCCGCCUGGGUCAGGAGGCCGCCCGGGCCAAAGUGGACGCCGUCCUGGCGACGGAGCAGCUCCGGGAGGACGAGCUGGUCAGGGCGGGCCUCCGGCGCUUGGAGCUGGGGCUCCGGGUCCGCCGGCUGGAGGCCGAGCUCCGCCACGGGGGAGGAGCGGGCCGAGACCCGCUUCAGGUCCAGUUUGAGCGGCUGCAGGCCGAGAGGCUGGAGCGGAAAAGACGGGACGAGAAGGACGGCGAGGUGGCGCUGAGGCUGCGGAAAAAGAUGGCCGGCUGCUUGGAGGUCCUGGCAAACGUGAGAGAGAAGCUCUACUGGAGCCUGACGGAGGUGGAGACCAAGCGAGAGCGUCUGGCCGAGGUGGAGGCCCUACUGGCCGAGAAGAGGGACCUCUUGACCCGGACCAAACGGGCGCGGAACGGCCUGCAGGGCGACAACCUGAGGCUGAGGGAGUGCCGCGGGCUCCUGGGAAACGCGGUCCUCCUGCGCGACUUCCAGGACACCGCCGAUGCAUCGGAACACCUGGAGAAACAUCUGGAGAACCUGAAGAACCGAAGAGCCGAGAUUGCCCACCGCCAUGGAGGACGGAGGAGUAAACUGGGGGCCGCUUAA